CAAACAUCAGAUUAUCGGGAAUUACUUGAUAUGAUGUAUUCAAAAUAUCCAAAUCCAAUAAUUGAUGUUGCAGAGAAGGAAAGUUUUUCUACUGACAGUUCUCAAAAUGGGUCUGUUCUACCAAAGACUCCAAGUUCCUUGGAGCAAGAUGCACCUAUACAACGAUUUGUUACCAAUUUUCUGCGUCCCGAGAUUCUCUCUAAAUUUAAUUUCAAGUCAUUUUCUGCUAUCGUCGGAUCAAAUGGUUCGGGAAAAUCAAAUGUGAUCGAUGCGCUUUUAUUUGGUGUGAAAAAUCUGGAUGCUUGCAGAGUUGAUGUAUAUUUUGAAGAAAUUCUUGAAUUGCCUGGUUCGGAUAAUUAUGAGGUUUUACCUCAAGCUCAAUUGGUUAUCUCGCAUCAAGCAUUUCGUAAUAAUGCAAGCAAGUAUUUCAUAAAUGGGCGACAAAGCAAUUACACUGAA